AUGACUGACCAGACACAGUGUGACAGUGGACGGCCUUGUGCACGCUGUUUCGAAAAUGGAAUGGAAUGCAUUGUUGACGAAAGCAAUGAUCUACGACGAAAAGGGGCUCUGAAGCGCAAGGCAGCAAUGAUGGAACAAGACCAAGAGCUUCUAAUCCAGCUCGUGAGCGCUCUUCGCGGUAGCAAUGAACGCCAUGUCUCUCACCUUGUGAAUAUGAUUCGGAGUCAUGCUUCACUACAAGAAAUUCGCGAGUAUAUAACGGACCAUCUGGAACUGGGUACAAUCGAAGACACGCCCGAGGUAAAGGAGUUCCGGCGUCAAAUUCGUCUUCUUCUUGACUUGGAAGGGCCAGCGUUGGAGUCACGGAAUACACAGCGGGUCGCUCACUCUCGUUCUUUCAACGUUCCCGCGAAGCCAUGGACGGCGAUCCAGUGCAGCACCGCAUUUGUUUCAGAGCUCGUGUCGCUGUGGUUUACUUGGAAUCAUUCCAUGUUUCCGUGUAUCGACCGCAGCCUAUUUCUACGAGACAUGCGGGCAGGAAAUGUGCAAGCACAGAGGCUCUACGAGGAGGAGCGACUCACCUUGACCACUAUUCAAGGAUUAGCCGUUCUAUGGAGAUGCACGUGUACGUUCGGUGACAACCAUUUAGCUCGAGUGUAUGAGAAUCGAAUAGUGGACGCGUUACACAACUUCUCCUCUUCUAACCCAUCUGCUUCGCCAAAGCCCGGGAGAAAUGAACAAGAGUAUGACAAUGUUUGUAACAUAGCAAUUUGGGGGGUGUACAAUAUUCUAUUGGCAAAUCUGAUCCCAUACCAACGCCGACCACUGAUUGGGAUUCCGCAACGUGCGCGGCCGCUCAUGCUCCACGUUGAAGGUCUCGCGGGCGAGCAUUGGGCUCCAUAUCCGAAUUCCCAGCCAGCUACUACGAGCCAUGAAUCAUGCUUGAGCAAUUGCCUCUGUGACUUGACUCUCAUUGUCAAUGACAUAUGCCGAUUGCUCUGCCGAGAUCGGAAAGACCUCUCACCCGACGCUGUAAAUCAAAGUGUUGAAGCCUCGUUCAAGCGCCUUGAAGCUUGGAAGGCCCAUGUACCGUCCUGCAUGCGACCGGGUGAUACCGAGAGGCCUUCCCCGCAGGUCCUCGGCACCCACAUAUACUACCACGCAAUCAUCAUCACACUGUACGGCUUUUUGCAAAAAUCCACGGGAAGUGUACGAACGAGCAAUACUAGUGCCCCCUCAAAUGCAAGAGCCCGAGCCAUACGCCUUGAAGCGGCGGGUGAAGUAGCUCGGCUAGUUGAACUUCGUCGACGACUAUGGGGUUUGGACCGUAUUUCUGCGCCCCUCAGCCAGUGGAUAACGAUCUCGCUGCUCACUCUGCUGGAGGACCUGUCUACACCAGAGAGCAAAGAGGCGUUUGUCAGCCUUUGUGUUGCGCUGCGUGUAUCAGCUCGGCGAUGGGAGCACUCCAAGGGUCUCCUCCGGCUCACGCAGCAUCUCGCAUCUCAGUCAUGUUUGACUUUACCCCCGGAAACCAUCCCACUAUAUAGGGACUUUCAGGAUUUGAAAUGGGGCCCAGAAGAUGAUGAGAAAUUCGGUGCACUGGCUCAAAGCUUUUGGGUGUAA